CAGGAGCUGUCCACUCUCCACUCACACUCACACUCCACCCUUAGCGUCACGAUCUCUAAUACACACACACACACACACACACACCCUUCCACACUUGAGGCACUGACAUGCCGGGCUGCAGUGCAUGAAAAAGGAAGCGACAAAGUGCAUACGGAGUGCAGCUGAGUCUCAACGCAGUCAUGGGCGUUCUGAUGUCCAAGAAGCAGCAAGUGGAGAAGGUUCAGAAAUGCAACGCGGUGGUCUCAGCAUUUCGUGAGGGUCUUAAGACCCAGCCGAGUGCCACUCAGGCGCAAAACGACUCUGAGAUAAAAGAUGAGGCUCCAAACCAUCCGGAGUCUGAUGAGUCUGGACGAAAAGAGGAGGAUGGGAAACCUGGGCCUUCCACCGCUCCACCCAAAGAGGAGAACAAAGCCAAUCAGGAGGCCUGGGGCCGCUUACGGGAUGGGAAAGGAGUAGAGCCUGAGGAUUUACAUAAAUUGCAUCAGCUCACACCGCCAGCGUUUAUAAGGCCGAAGAGGCAGCCGAAUGACGAUCAGCCCAUACAGAUCGAGCUUGGUCAGAGAGAGCAGCCAGUAAAUGACGAGAUGUGCGAGGUGUGUGAAGUGUGGACAGCGGACGAUCUGUUCCCAUGUCGGACAUGUACGAGGGUGUUUCAUGAUGGCUGCCUGAAGGAGAUUGGAUACCUGCGUGCGGACACUGUGCAGGAGAUGAGAGACACGGCUCACACCACCAUGGGCUGGAGCUGCUACUACUGCGACAACGUGAACUUGCUCCUUACUGAAGAAGAGAUGUACAGCCUGAUGGAAACAUUCAAGCAGUGCAAGAUCAUCCCAGAAUCCUGUCUUGUCUCAGACGAGCUCCUUCAGUACAGGCACUUCGUGUCCAAGCAGCUGUUUGAGAAGGAUCUGACGGACGAUCAGGAGGAGGAGGUGCUGGCCCAGUUCGCUGCUCUUGACCCAGAGAAGAAGGGACAGAUAGAGUGGUCAGAUUUCCUGUAUCACGAGUCGCUGUCCGUACUGCAGAAAUUUCGGACAGAGAACUCCCUGGUGCGUUUGCUUACGGCUAAAGAGCGUGACCGAGCGCGUGCAAUCUUCCAGAGUCUGGACCAGGAUAAAGACGGUGUUAUCACGGGUGGAGAGAGUCGGCGGGCCCAAACCUCAUGGUUCCAUAAGCACAGCAAAGAGCCUCAGUCCUGCAACGUCAGCAUCAGCCAUGUAGGCCCGAUAUCAGAGAGCAGUCCUGCCAGCUCAAGCAGUGACAAGAGCAGAGACAAGGCUAUGGAGAAGUACGACAACAGGCCGGUGACAUGGGACGCGUUCUUGCGCGAGAGCGCCAUCUACAUCCUGGCUGCUCGACCCAACAGCGGUGCCAUGCACAUCCGCCUGCCCCUGUAAUCCCGCC